AUGUUUUUCCAGAAACUCUCCGGUCAGAUUAUCUUCCGCAAUGUGCAUUUCAACUACCCAACCAGAAAACAGAUCAAAGUACUCCGAGGACUGAACCUAGAGGUAGAACCUGGUACCACGGUAGCACUGGUUGGACGAUCUGGAUGUGGAAAGAGUACCGUAAUGGCGUUGUUGGAGCGAUUCUACAACCUAAACAAGGGCAAUAUUAUGGUCGACGACGAAAACAUCAAGAAUAUGAAUAUUCGCAAUCUUCGUGAACAGGUGUGUAUCGUCAGUCAGGAACCGACCCUAUUCGACUGUACCAUCAUGGAGAACAUCUGCUAUGGACUGGAGGACUCAAAACCUUCCUACGAGAAGGUGGUAAACGCAGCAAAAAUGGCAAACAUUCAUAAUUUCGUACUGGGACUACCAGAGGGUUACGACACCCGAGUCGGCGAGAAGGGUACUCAAUUGUCUGGCGGGCAGAAGCAACGAAUCGCGAUCGCUCGAGCGUUAAUUCGGGAUCCGCCUAUACUUCUGCUGGACGAGGCGACAAGUGCACUUGACACGGAGAGUGAAAAGAUUGUCCAAGACGCCCUAGAGGUAGCCAGUCAAGGCCGUACGUGCAUAGUAAUUGCUCACCGCUUGUCAACGAUCCAAAACAGUGACGUCAUAGUGAUGGUGCAGGAGGGAAAAGCCACAGACAAGGGCACUCAUGAACAUUUGCUGUUGAAGAACGAGCUGUACCAACGAUUAUGUGAAACUCAACGACUUGUCGAAUCUCAAUAA